AGAAUCGGUAGCUGAAAAACGCGGCGUGUGUUGGUCGCAUCCAGCACAGCCGUCCGACAAAUCCAACCUAGGUGCGAGCCCCCUCCACGCGCGUCCGUCACACAUGUCCUCAUCGCAUGUGUGCACAUUCGCUGCUCACAGCUCGUUUCAGUCCAAACGCUCCACUCCACUCUACAGGCCGCAGUCCAUGUUGGUUCCUUGCUUCAAACGCAUCCAGAAGUGUUACAGUGCAAAUAAAGUUAAACCCGCUGAAACUAAUAGUAAUAAUAAUAAUAUAAAGGUACUAGGAGUGGUUCCAAAGCGACUUAAGUCAUUCUAACCUACGAAACUUUACUAAAACUAAAUCAAAGUGUUUUGUAAGUGACGCGAUUUCCAAGCACCGCAAAGUUUUUUUAUGAUUGCGAUAGCGUUGAGAGGGUUGCAGUUGUAGUAGAGGGCGCGUGUGUUGCGUUGAGGGUGCGCGCUCGCCGGGACCUAUGCGAGAUCGGCGGACCAACUUCACCAAGGAGUACAUCGCCAAUAUCGUGAAUCCGCUCGCGGGCCGGCCGGACCCGUACGGGGCGCGCGGAGCAGCAGCGCGCACCGCCGCCGCAGCAGCAGCAGCCGCAGCAGUCGUCGCGACGACCACCGCCGCCGCCAGCGCCAGCGUCGGCGUCGAGCCGCCAACCGCCAUCACGACGACGGCAGCAGCGAUGCUGAUGCAGAAUGCGGUGCCCGCCGCCAACGGCGAGGCGGACGCCCUCGUCGGCGGCCUCAAUCUGCUCAAUGGGUCCACGACUGCGGUGGGCGCCGCCGGCGUGCAGAACCGCGAUACCACGUGGACCAAGCUUUUUGUUGGAGGCCUACCGUAUCAUACCACUGAUCGUAGUCUGAGGGAGCAUUUUGCUGUUUAUGGGGAUAUUGAGGAGGCGGUUGUUAUUACCGAUAGGGCAAAUGGCAAAAGUCGUGGUUAUGGAUUUGUUAUAAUGGGAGAUCGUGCCUCGGCGGAGAGAGCAUGCCGUGAACCUAACCCCAUCAUCGACGGCCGGAAAGCCAAUGUAAAUCUGGCGAUUCUAGGCGCGAAACCACGUGGAAAUGUUCCUACAAGUACCGGAUUUACAUUUCCUGGAGUACGUGCAGGUUAUCCGACGCUGCUGCCCUCUCAGUACGGAAUGCCGGGAUACAUGUACCAGUCGCCAUAUUUGGCCGCUACUGCACCUGGCAGCAUAGUACCGCUAGCGCCCACCACGCAGUUGUCGCAUGCUGCUGCAAUGGCGGCCGCCACCACGCAGUUCUAUGAGUAUCAGAAUGCAGCUGCUAUGGCCGCAGCUGCCGCCGCUCCUUAUACAGGACAAUAUCCAAGUGGAUUUGAUGCUUAUUCACCGUAUGCAGCCGCAGCGAACGCCGCAGGUGCCGCAGCUGGUUACAUGCCCUAUACAUACGCCGCAGCACUGCCGCAGACGACCAGCUUGCAGGCGGCAUCCGCAGCCGCCGCCGCCGGUAAUUUCUCAACGCUGCCGUAUCAGACCGCCGCUGCGCAGGCUCCGACGAUGCAAGAAGCCAGGUUAAAUUAACAUUCAUUUCUCUCGCAUUCGCACUCGAAUCUUUACUCGACCUCCUCUGCUCUUGCACCAGUACGCGGCGACCGUGACGCAGAUAGAUGUCGCUACGUCAGGGUCAACCAUGUUUGACGUUCGCCUGAGCGUCAUUUUGUUGAUUUUUUAUAUUUAUUACCAGUAGUGUUACGAAAGUACAAAAUUCCUAUGUAAUAUUCGACGAACGGAAACAUUUGCUCAUUUGCUCAAUCGAUUCUCUUUUUCUCUACAUACUUCUAUUAGAAUUUAAUUUUUUUUGUUGUUAAAAACAAUAUUUUCUUUCUUUUUCAGCUAAAUUUCUGUCAUGAACACUCGAUACUUUCAGUUUCUUAAAUAUUUGGUAAUAAUUAUUAUUUUAAUGCUCAAUUCGAUAUGUGGCGCCCUCUGGUGGCUAGCGCUGGUUAGUUGUUAUUUGCUCUGCGGCCGACCGAGGGCGCUGUGCAAUCCUACACUCUCAUCAUGUUUUUAACUAAUAUUUAUUUAGUUCACUCUUCAUUUUUUUGUUUCUCAAACUCAUAGUGACCGAAUAAUUGUUAUAUGCUAUAAUAAGUCUAGUCUACUAUAACUUAGUUAUUUAAAUUAUUACAUUUACAAUUUACGAAUAUGUAAUUAGAUGAUUAAAACAAUUGUAACGAUAAACGAGGCAAAUGAUGGAAAUUUUCGAAGAUAAAAGAGUCAAAAUUUAGUAAAAAAGAAACUUAACUAACCGGAAAGACUGAGCGAAGGUCCAUAUUGAUGUGAAUCAGUGCCUUUGUUUUGAUUUUUCUAUUGAGAUAUAACCUAAAACAUCAACCAUUGUUGAUUAGAGUAACAAAUCGCAAGCUAAAAGUGAAAAAAGUCAAAGUAGUCAAAGCUGAAAGCUGUCUAGUCAUCUUAAGUACUUAAAAGGUUAGAAAAACCAUGAAUAACAAUUAUCAAAACACAAUACAAAAUGAAAAAACGUCCAAAAGACACGAUCGUGCCUUUUAUCAUCAAAGGAAUUGAACUGACUACAGAAAUACAGAAAUAAAGAUGAAAAUGUUUGAGAAAUCAGGGAUAGCCUAACAUUUUGCUAAGUUAUUCAACGUUGACGUUAUUAUUUAUAUAAAACAAACGUAAAUAAUUCUAGUAGCUCUAGUAAUUCUAGUAAUAAUUUGUACAUACACAAAAUGGCGGCGCCUGGACGUCAUCCAAGAACUCAUAUUGUAAGCAAUACGAUUAUAAAAUUAGAAAACUAGUUAGAAUAAAAUAAUAAAUGAUUACUCACUUUACGAUAUUUAUCAAUACAUAUUUACAAAACAUUUUAGAGUCGAAACAAUAUCUACUUGAAACUUAUUGCGAAAUGUACUUAUAUUUGUAAUUGAUGAUAUGAUAUGAUGUUUAAAGCAAAACGUUACUUGUUAAUCGUAAACAUAUAAGUACAUUAAAUGUCUUGGGUAUUCAUUACUCAUUAUCUAUUGUAAUUACCAACGAUAUAAAUUAUACAAGCACAAACAUGUUAAAUUCUAAAAUUCUAAACUAUUAAUGGCGAUAUAUCAUUUUAAAAACUAUUAAAUAUAUAAAUAAAUUAUGUACUUUUAGUUAAAAAUAAAACAAUGUACCACAUUUAA